GAUUUGCCGAAGGUUGAAGAAGUAAGUAUCAUUCUUCCUGAAGAGGUACAAAAGGAGCCCAUUGGGAUUGUUUCCAGCAUUAUUGAUCAACUGGUAAUUGUUGAAUCACUGAAGGAUAUGCCACCAGUGAAUGAAGAAACUAUCAUUUUCAAAAAGAACAGGAACUCAGUGGGGCAGGUGUUUGAAGUGUUUGGUCCAGUUUGUCAUCCGUUCUAUGUUCUACGAUUCAAUUCUCCUGAAGAUAUUGUUGCAAAGGGAAUUGAGCUGCAGGAGUUGUUAUAUUUUGCACCUGCAGUGAAAGAUUUCACACAGUACAUCUUUGCAGAGCAACUGAAGAGAGAAAAAGGUUCAGAUGCAUCAUGGAGAAAUGAUCAGGAGCCACCACCUGAGGCUCUGGAUUUCAGUGAUGAUGAGAAAGAAAGAGAAGCAAAGCAAAAGAAGAAGAAGAAGAAGCAACAGAAUUGUGGAGAUAAAAAUACUCAAGCUGGAAAAGAUGAUGGCCAAGUAUCACGACAAACACAAGUUCAGUCAAUGCGUGGGAGAGGAUUUCAGCACAACCCUGGUCAAGGAUUUGGACCCUAUUCCACAGACAAGUUUGAAAACCCAGCAGUCUGCAGAUUUGCUCAGCCAAGGGGAUCCUUCGGUCCAUCAUUUAAUCAGAGGCCACCUUGUGGACCUCCAAGAUUUCAUCCAACUAACAACACAAUACAUUCACAACCAGUGAUGUCCAAUCUAAUGACGUCUUGUCCAUAUGCUCCUUCAUUUUGGCCUCCUGUAUCAAGUGAUAUACCUCCCUUUCUAUCCCAUCCUCCACCACCACCACCACCACCACCUCCACCUCCACCACCACCUAUUUCCCAUCCUCCUCCUCCUUUUCCUCCUCACUCAAUGAGCACCGGCUGGUCAGAAUCGAACAUAAGCCAUCCUCCUUGCUUUCCAAAUUCUCCCUUCCCUUGCUUCCCCAAUGCUUCUCCAUCACAGAUGUCAAAUUCUCAGUUCUCACCACAGUUACCUCCACAAGGCCAGCCGGAUUUUAUAUUUAGACCCCCUUAUUAAAACCGCUUCUGUGUUAUACCUCCAUUGUAUGACAACAAUCAUGUAGUGAAAAAACUAUGACAAGUUGGGUGUGAAUUCUUUAAGUUUAGUAGACGGGUGAAAAAUAAUGCAACUUAUGGUUUCCAAAUCUUUAUCUAUUUCAAGAUGUGAUUACGCUAACAUAGGAAUGGCAUCAGUUAGUGGUCGCUAUGAUCGGAAUCAGCCCUGACCCAUUCAGUACUUCCUGUGCUACCCCAGUGGCCAUUUUAUCCAAACAAAAUCCUGAAGUCAAAUGAAAAGCAAUUAGCUAAUUUUGGUCAUGUUAUCGGCUGAAUUUGAGGGUUUUUUUUAAACAGUUGGGAUAAAAGUAAUGUAUUCUUUUUUAUGUGGGCACAAGACUGCUUGUUGCAAGCAGUCACCUUUUGAUGGAAUUGGCUUUCAUUGAUUGUGCAAAAUGGGCAAAAGCAAAUUGGCAGCCCAUUUUGCAUCUGACCCAAAUUUCCUUGUUACUGAAAUCAAAGUAAAAGAAAUUUCAGAUGAGGUGUAAAACAGCGAAGACCAAUUUCACCCCCUUCUUACCUGGACAUAUCUGUAUUGCUAUAUUUUGUAAAUACCAAUAGUUCUGGUACUGAUGUUAAAUUUAUCAGCUGUAAUGUAUAAUUAGAGCUUCAAUAUGUAAUAAUAAACCUCAAAUAUUUAGAAAAUAAUUGGCAGGUGUUUAAGUAAAAAUAUCCCAAGUCUGAAGAACAGACCAUCUACAUUUUUUAGAUUAUGAAACUAAUCCUUAUUUAGUCUUUUUCAUUUUACAUGCAAGUUUAGAGGGAUUUGAAUUAAACAUUUUGCAACCUUCAUUAAGCCUUGUCUGUCUUCAUUUUAUAUUUUCAUUUAUUUUGUCCUAUAGCAAUAAAUUCACCUCCUCAUUCCUAUGUAUAUUUUUGUAUUUGCUUUUCAUUAGGAAGCAAUUCAAAUCUCUGAUUCUAUGCAUGAAUUGUAGUGAAUGACUUCAUUAAUGUGUAAAAUUCAGACAAAAUAAAAUUAUUUUUUGUUAAUUUAC